CUCGCUUCUUUGACAAAAGCGAAAGUGUGGAAGGUUCAAAAUGAGUGGAGAUUUUUCAAAGAUGAUAGAAUUUAUGACUCUCAUAGGUCAGUUAAAGAGAGUUCAGCGAACUGGCUGGGUACGUAGCAAUAUCACCCGCCCAGAGAGCGUGGCUGAUCACAUGUACAGAAUGGCCAUUUUAGCUUUCCUGGUGGAUCCCGCAAGCGGACUUGAUAAAGACAGGUGUAUUAAACUUGCACUCGUACAUGAUAUGGCUGAGAGUAUGGUUGGAGAUAUCGCCCCGAGCGACGGGAUUAGCAAGGAAGAGAAACACAAGAAGGAAGAGGCAGCGAUGGGCUACAUCAGCAGUCUUGUUGAGUCGAGUGUCGGGCGAGAGAUUUACUGUCUGUGGAAGGAAUAUGAAGACCAGAGUAGUGCAGAAGCGGCGUAUGUUAAAGACUUAGACAAGUUUGAGAUGAUUCUACAGGCGUAUGAAUAUGAACAACUUGAAGACAAACCAAAGUGUUUAGAGGAGUUCUUCGCCUCAACAAAAGGUAAAUUCCAGACAGACCAAGUGAAACAGUGGGUGGAGUCCCUGGAAUCUGUCAGAAGUAAUCCGAAAACAUCUUGACGAAAAUCAGCCAAUAGACUAAUAUUAUCCAUACAUCACACAGACCAACAAUAAAGAAAAUCAGACAGGUGGUCAGCUAGAGGGUUUCCAGUCUGUGACACCGAUUGCCAGUGUGGAUGAUGUGACUACAGUAAAGUGUAAAAGGAUUUUGGCAGACAAAAAACUGACAGGUUUAGGAACUGAUUCGGCAUCAAAAUAAGCAUGGCAGGGAAUAUUUUAUUUUCAAAAUCUCGAUUUGCGAUGUUUCUAGUCAACUGUGUUAGAUCUCUGAAACGUGGGUGGCAAAUCGUGAUGCGAUUCUGAACAAAAUGUUCCCAUCGUGGUGUCUGGUAAUUCAUACAUAACUAUCAAACUUUAGGGGCUGGUGGUGGAUCCAUUCAGCUCAUUGAGUUUUUUCUCGUUCCAACCAGUGCAUCACAACUGGACAAAGGCUGUGGUAUGUA